AUGGGUCUAUCGUACGAAAAAAUUGAUGCGUGUAAGAAUGAUUGCAUGCUUUUUCGUAAACAACAUAAUGCUUUGCAGAAUUGUAAAGUUUGUGGGUUGUCCAGAUGGAAGAUUAAUCAAUCUACUAGUGCAAUUCGUAAAAAAGUGAAUGGAAAGUUUAUUCCCAAUAAGGUGUUGCGAUAUUUUCCAUUAAAACCGAGGUUGCGAAGACUUUUUAUGUGUUCCAAAACCGCUCCAAUGAUGACUUGGCAUAAAGAUAAUAAUUCUGAAGAUGAUGUGAUGAGGCAUCCGGCUAAUUCAAUGAUAUGGAAGACCUUCGAUAACUUGUAUCCAAAUUUUGCAGCAGACCCUCGAAAUGUGCGACUUUCUUUGGCAAGUGACGGAUUCCAACCCUUUGCUAACGGGAAAACAUCGUACAGCAUUUGGCCAGUAAUUCUCAUCCCAUAUAAUGUCGCUCUCACUAUAUGUAUGAACACCAGCAACUUUCUUCUAUCCAUGUUAAUUCCCGGACCAAAGGGUCCGGGAGAUUGCAUUGACUUAUAUCUUGAGCCACUUAUUGAAGAGUUGAUGGAAUUGUGGCAUACCGGUGUGAAGACAUACGAUGCAAGCAAAAAACACUUUUUUAACUUGCGGGCAGCUCUUAUGUGGACUAUUAAUGAUUUCCCCGCAUAUGCAAAUUUAUCCGGAUGGAGUACAAAAGGGAAAUUUGCAUGUCCAUGUUGUAAUCAGAACACCGCAUCAUUGAGGUUGACAAAUUAUCAGAAGGAGUGUUACAUGAGUCAUCGACGAUUCCUCCCGCCUAAUCAUCGUUGGUGCAAAGAGACUGAUACGUUUGAUGGGCGUACUGAGCAUAGAGGUCCUCCUAUUCUACUAUUGGGUUCCGAAAUUCAAUUACAAGCACGAGAUCUAAAGGAAAUUUGUUUGACAAAGUACAUGCCCAAGAAAACGAAAUUGAUUCAUGAAUCCCGGGGUGAUAACUGGAACAAAUUUAAAAAGACCAAGGAUGGGAUUAAAGCGAGAAAAGAUUCGGUCAUAUUGAACAUAAAGCAUUCCUUACAUCCUGUUGAGGUUGAUGAUGUUCUUCGGUGUCCAGCAGCCCCUUAUAAACUAACAGCAGAACACAAGAAACGAUUAUGCCAGUUUUUGAAAGAUGUUAAAAUGUCGGACGGUUUUUGUUCAAAUAUUGGCUAUCGAUGGAUGUAUCCAGUUGAACAGUAUAUGAGCACACUCAAGAAAUACCUAAGGAACAGGAACUCUCCAGAAGGUUCAAUUAGCGAGAGUUACCUUGUGAAUGAGAGUAUGAGCAUGUGUGCCCGAUAUUUGGAGGAUCAAGAAUCAAGAGAUGCCUCGAUACAAACUAGUAAUACAUUGUCCAUAUUCUUUGCUAUGGAAGAGCUAUCUAAUGGCACGUCAUACACAUAUCAACCAGGGGAUCGUCAACGUGCUCAUUCCGAUUUCAUGCAAUCAUAUCAACCCAAUAUUUCCAAUGAAGAACGGGAUAAACAAUACGUUAGUUAUUUCAAAGGAAAAGUUGAACAAUUAAUCGAUGACUCCGAUAGAACAAUGAAUCUUAAGAUUUUAGGUGACGGACCCACAAUAUACACUAAAAAGUAUAACUCAUGCAAAAUAAAUGGAUACAAGUUCAACACGGAGAAACGCGACGAGAGCUUGACCACCCAAAAUAGCGGUGUAUUGGUUGUUGGAAAUAAUGGGGCAGCGACAAUUAUCUACUAUGGAGUGCUCAAUAAAAUCAUAGAAGUAUCGUUCUUUAGUGGAAGACGCGUGGUUCUCUUCAAAUGUAGAUGGUUUGAUGUUCUUCACAAAGAUCGGGGCAUUAAGGUUGACAAGUACGGUUAUGUUAUUAUCAAUAUGAACAGGACUCUACGAACUCAAAUGAAUGACCCAUUCAUAAUGGAAUGGGUUAAAAUCGCACAUUUUUCUAAUAUACAUUACAUUCUCCACACACAUACUAAGAAACCAAGUCUACAGGAUCUAAAUCCGGAGAUCCCCGAUAUUAUUAUUGAGAAAGUGAUAAGUGUGUCUGUGUUGCGCACUGCUAUAGAAGAAGACCCGACUAGAAAUGAACUGCAGUUGAGAGUGUACGCUUUCGGGUGUCAAGGACAUAGUAGAGUUGUAGGUAUGGGGGCAGGCGUACGACCAACAUCGUUUAGAGCAGAUGCUCGAGGUUCUUCGAGAAGUUAUCAUCGCACAGACACUCAACAAUUACGCGAGGACAACCAAGUUCUACAAGAAGAAAUGCGCAAAAUGCGAGAGGAACGAGAAGCAAAGAAGAUAGAGCUGCGAGAGGAGAUUGAGGCUCAAAGACGACUAUCGCGUGAAGAGAUUGAUGUUGAGAGACAAAUUUAA